GGAGGGAGGGGCGGUGCGUUUAAACAGCGCGGGCCCGGUGGUGGGGAUCCCCGCAGCUUGAGGUGCUUCCAUCGCCAUGCCCGGCCGGCCCGACGACUAUGAGGUGCUGCUCACCAUCGGCGCCGGCUCCUACGGCAAGUGUCGCAAGGUGCGCCGUAAGGCCGAUGGCAAGAUCUUGGUGUGGAAGGAGCUUGACUAUGGCACAAUGUCGGAGGCAGAGAAGCAAAUGCUUGUUUCGGAGGUCAACUUGCUCCGCGAACUGCGGCAUCCUAAUAUCGUCCGGUAUUACGACCGGAUCAUCGACAAAAGCAGCACGACGCUGUACAUCGUGAUGGAGUACUGCGAUGGCGGUGACCUGGCCAGCUUGAUUGCAAAGUGCACGAAAGAGAGGCAUUACUUGGAAGAAAGCUUUGUUCUCAGAGUACUGACUCAACUGACACUGGCCUUGAAGGAAUGUCACAGGCGGAGUGAUGGUGGAGUCACCGUGCAUCGCGACCUAAAACCAGCAAACGUCUUUCUAGAUGGCAAGCAGAAUGUGAAACUUGGAGAUUUUGGACUGGCAAGAAUAUUGCACCAUGACACCAGCUUUGCCAAAACAUUUGUUGGCACUCCAUAUUACAUGUCUCCAGAACAAAUGAACUACAUGUCAUACAACGAAAAAUCUGACAUCUGGUCUCUAGGAUGUCUCCUGUAUGAAUUAUGUGCUCUCUCGCCUCCAUUUAGAGCUUGCAGCCAAAAGGAGUUGGCAGAAAAAAUAAAGGAAGGGAAAUUCAGGCGAAUACCAUAUCGUUACUCAGAGCAGCUGAAUGAGCUUCUCAAGGAGAUGCUGAAUGUAAAGGAUUAUUGCAGACCUUCUGUUGAAGAUAUUCUGCAGCACCCUUUGAUAGCAGACUUGGUGACAGAAGAACAAAGGCAAAACCCAGAUAAACGAGGCUGGAGAUCAUGGGAGCCAGAAAGGCUGCAAUAUUCAGAUGCUGCAGUGAAUGAGCUGAAACGGAAGGAACAGCAACUACAGGACCGAGAACAAGCCAUUAAGGACAGAGAGCAACAUCUGGAGCAAAGAGAACGGGAACUCUGUGUUCGUGAGAGACUGGCAGAGGACAAACUUGCCAGAGCUGAAAACCUGAUGAGGAGCUACAAACUCUAUAAAGAGCAGAUGACAGCUUGUGCAGAUGGUCCAGAUAACGCACUGCUGCUGCCCUUCCCUACAACCAAGAAGAAAGUACACUUUGGAAGUGAGGAGAAUGCUGGGAGUUCUGUUAAUCUGGAAAACCAUCCCCGUUCUAAAGGGAAAUGCUCUGAUCUCAGAAAACGUCUGUAUGCUGCCAACCUGCGGGCUCAAGCACUGGCUGAACUGGAAAAGAACUAUCAACUGAAGAGCAGACAAAUCUUGGGCAUGCGCUGAAAUGAUAACACAGGUGUAAAAUAUUUAACUUUUGGAAGUUGAUUAAAUGUGUGAAAAAAGGAAGCUACUUGUGCCUUCCUCUUUUAAGCUGGAGCCUACUGAAGGUUUAUUUUAACAGCUGUCGUACAAGCUCUUAGUCUACAAUAGGUAGCUCAUGAUCAAAGCAUAAGAGAUUAGGAAUUGUAUUAAGAAAAAAUAUUUUGUCUUCCU